UAGAGAUUUAUAUCAGCUGUGGAGGCCAACUGGACGUAAACAGUUCUCAUAAGCGUUCAUAAGUUUUGAUUCCUUAUCAGCAAUUGAUUGCACUAAUGACAGUGCUGAAAAUAAUGAUGAAUGCAUCUAUAACAUUAUUUUUGGUAUUCAAAACAUCAUAACUUUCGUUGCGUUGGAUCGCCUUUAUCAAUCCUCGAUCUACUACAAAUAGUUUCCUUAGAGAUACAGCAACCUAAGAUUGUCAGAGGAUAUCCAGUGAUUUAUAUUGAUCAAUACCAAUUAGUUAAAAUAUAAUAGCGAUACCGAUGCAUCAUGGAGAAGCAAAAACAGAGGAAGAAACGGGACAGAUUGCGCCAGUCAAUGCUUCAGCACCAAAUACCAGAUGCACCCACGUUGGAGGAGUUCGAGUGCCUGCUCGGAGAAUCUCCCACGAAUUAUCCCAAAGGUGAAGCGGUAGAAGAUAUAGAAAGCGAAUUACAUUCAGCUGCUAUCGACACAGAAAUUUAUGAAAAGCAGGCUGCUGAAAAAGCAGCUUACGAGAAGGAGCGCACUCUACAAGUUGAAACAACAGGCGAGAUAUUGUUGUUAGCUGAGAAUUCCCAAGAUGAAAUUGACGCUAUUCAACUUGACUCUGCGUCCAACGACAUCUUGGAUGAUCAAAUAGAUCAAACCCAAGUAAGCCUUUCCACUAUUCAAUUGGUAGAUAUAUCACCAAUUAAUCCUGAAGAAUUCAAUCAAUCGACGCGAGACACCAAAGAUCUAAUUAAAGCAAAGAUUUUAUCGAAGCAAACAGAGAUUGGAGAAGGCAAAAAGGAUAUUCUGAAUGCAUUCAAGGAUGUUAAACCGUUUACAGAGCAACAAUUGACGUCCUUGUAUUACAAUCAGGAACUGGCGUUAGUGGACGCGUUUGUGACUGAGUUUACAGAGACACAGUUGAGAUGCGGGCCAUUGAGACAGCAGCACAGGCUGCACGAGCUAUUGAUGAGUUACCUGAGAGUGCGGAACCACCUGAUUGUAAAUUCGUACGAGCUGGAACAUUUAAAGAAGAACUGUCGGGAAACGCAGAAACAACUCUGGUGCUUGGAAAAAACGUCAGAAACGGAGAGUGGCGAGUGCCAGGACGGCAAUCCUGUCAGUGCCGUCCACGAGUAUUCGGUUGCCCAUUUCAAUCAGCAGGCUGUAGUAGUGCUCUCCAGGACCUUGUCAGCCAUCAAGGAUACUUUGCAUGAUAGCCAAGCAUUAUACUGCUAUGAAGCAGAGUCCUUGCGUCUGCAAAUUGAACAUUACGUGCAAAGAGUUGCUAGAAGUUUUAAUGAAUUUGCUAAUCUUUCGCAAACCGCUCCAGCAAACCUUCUGCCGGAGCAAUCACCGUCUCAGACAGCCCCGCAGCUAGUGGAGCUCAGGAUGUGCGUGACGGUUCUAUUCAACUUCCAGCGUCGCGUUCUCAAAGAUGGCAAGUUUGUCACAGACACCAGAGAAUGGCUGUCGAGGUUGGUGGCGGUGCUUUUGAGAGUUGCCACAUGGCAGGAUCACCUGUUCCUACUGAAUCAUAUACUGCGAUGUCCCGGUGGCGUGAUGAACUGGGCCAAGUCGUUUGUGCAAGUGCCAGUGCCGCAGAAACUCUCUGGAUUGAGUUCCUCGCCUUUUAAUGAUUCAUAUCUUGAUCAUAUGAUCGCCACUCUCGCGGUAAUCCUUCUACCAAUCAAGGAUCGGGAUAAGUUUUUGGAACAGGUGCAGGUAUCCUUGCAAGAUACCACAAGCAGUCCAGGGGAUACAGUAUGGGUGAUGCUGGAUGAGGAGGGCGAAGAGGACGAAGACAUCGCCAAUGUCGGCGCCAAUCUCUUCGAGAGCGAUCUGAUUUCUCUUCUCAAUCAGAUUCCAUUGGACAGGCUCUUCGAGCAGGUGCUGUUUGUUCGAUGUCAGAACGACAAGUAUGAGCAGGAGGAGAACGCCAUCACGGAUCAUCACAUGUUGCGCCUCUUCGCGUUCUACACUGUGCUCGUCAGACUACUGAAGCAGGGUCUAAAGACCUAUGAUUCGCCACGAUAUAGACAGUUAGCGAAAAGACUCAGCGCGUUGAUCAGAGACGUCGUUCAAUACGCUAGCGAUCAGUGGGAGGCUUUUGACAGAAGUCAGAUAACUGAUGAAUCGAUGCUGUUGAAACUGCAGAUUGAAUAUGAUUGCUUUUUCCUGAGAGCUAUCCUCUGUAUAUUUUCAUCACGGCGUUUAGGUGCCUGGCAAUAUCUUGCAGCAAUACCAUAUCACAUUAUAUCAUCGACUACCUUGUGGCACAUCUUCUAUAUUCUGCAUACUGAUUCUACGCUUGGCGACGUAACAAUGUCAAAUAUGUCAAUCUCAGACUGGGAGACAGAGUUAGAUUGUCCUGAACUUCAUAAGCAGUUUGAAGAAAAGUUGGGCAACAUGCCAGGUGACGAGUCUUAUUUUCUGCUAACAACCUUUGCUAAUAUGGCUAUGGCAAGAGCCCACAAGGACUAUGAUUUUGUGAGAACAGCCACAAUCGAUCUGUUUCAAAUUGGAUUUCUCAGCGAGAAAACUCAAGAGUCUUGUUCAAAGGAUGCGAGGUCACUUUUAUCAAAUUUGACAAGCAAAUAUCCUACUCUUCUAUCUGACAUUUUGCAAAAAUUAAAGGACAAUUUUGUAUCAGUCGGGAAGCUGAGUUUGUAUCUGUUCACGGAACUGAAAAUAGGAAUGUGGAUGCCGCAGCAGCAGGAUAUGGCAAUUCUCUCUACCUGGUUACAUCAGCAUCCCUUAACUUCGUCCGAAAAUCAUCUGGCUCGACUGAUACUUACACAUUUGAAUUGGGGUCUUGAUGCAAAUGACAAUUUGUACCUUCCGAUUGAUCUACAUCGACAAGUAGCGUUAUUAAUUGUCGAGCUUAUGAUGAAGUAUGUGCCCGACACCCCAAUGCAGACAGCCUCGUUAUUAGCUGAAGGUGUGAAGCAGGUCUCUUCGAUAGUGAGACCGCAGAACAGUGAGCAAGCGUUCAGCUUGUGGGCGUGGGAGAUGAUGAAUAGACUGAGGCUACAUCAACUGGACCAAUCGGAAUCCGUGUGCCAGAAUACCAUUUCGAACCCGGCCGAGGGUCUCGCCUUCGUGCCCGAUAUGGAAUCAAACUCCAUCUUAGAAAUUUUAGCAAAAGGAGUACGCGAAAAGCAGCCGAUCGCCUGCUACGCCUCCGUGCUGAUGACCCUGUGGGGUCACUCGGUGCCGCUGAUUUGCGUCGAGGGUUUUAGCCAGCUGCAGACCUUACAGUGCUACUAUAAAUAUGAGCAAGUGCUGGUGUGUUUGCACCGCGUGGUACCAUUGUUCCUCGAAUGUCCGGACUCGUUACUGAAGAACGACAAGUUCGUUAGUCUGAUUGUGCCGCUCGUUGCCGCCGAUCGGACGUAUAUGAAGAUAGCAAAGAAUUUGAUUGCCCCAGAAUUUCCCGGUCCAAUCCUCAGACAGUUCUCGAAUAUGAUCGAGUCUCACUUGUAUCAUUUCAAACGGUAUUGCUUAAAUAGUCCGGAACGUUUCGUGAAUCUAUGGCUGAAUGUGCUGAUACUUGUUCAGGAUUGGAACAAGGAUCAUAGCGUGAUGUAUUUGAUGGAUACCGUGAUCCGCGCGGCGUUCUUUUAUUUAGAAACUCGGACGACAAUGGAGAACAUGUUUCAGAAUCUUUUCUGCAAUAUACCGUCUACUCGAACGCCGGGGUCGUUCGGGUCUUUCUUAAGCUGGGCGACGGGAUGCUCCAGUUCGGCAAGUCUUCUCGGUGGAACUGUUCAGACGAUAUGGCUCGCUUAUCAGAUCUUGUUGACGGAGCAGUAUGAUAGGGAACUUAAGACCGGACUUUGGCGGGAGAUCUUGCGGGAAUUGUCUAUGCAAUCCAAGAUAUCUCUGGAUACUGCUCUCAAGAGAGCUUGCGCAACAGUGAAGAUAACUCCAUUCGGAGUAAACAAUCUGUCUAUUUACCGUUGGUCUCAGCAGGCCCUUGACACACCCAUAGAUCAUCCGAUCCUGCCUCUUUUAUGGCAAAAUUUCUUUAGUUUAUUUCUUGCACGAGCUCCUAUCAUAUCAGGAUCUAUGGAUAAAGGUGGGUUUGGGGAAAAGUUUUUUGAAGGAAUGAUAAAUCUAAGCUACUUGAAAAAGCUGAAAAAGCGAUUGCACGAAACGACAGAACAUUUCCAAGUCAAAGGGGAGAAAGACACGGACAACGGAAAACCGAUCACGGAUGAACGGCGUAUAUUUUAUCUCAGCGCAGCAAAGUUUUACAAAACACUAAGCCUCUGGUUGGAAGAACCCCGUCUUCAGGAACCAGGACUUUACCUCCCAGCUCUGCCACCGCAAUAUAUGUCGCAAAGGCUAAUUCUGCUAGUGCAAGGAGACCGAACUCUCUGGCUGGAAUAUAUCGACUAUUGGACCGUGCAGCAAAGCCAGCUGAAGGCCGUAAGCGAGUGGGAACGCGCAAUAUUUCGCGAUCCCGAGAAUCGACCAGGAAUCCAGAGAUCUCAGUCCGCUUCGGCGAGCGCUGUGGAAUCGAUUAAUCCUCUUCACAGAAUCUUCCGCCGACUAAAUGCCUAUGAAUCGCCGCUUUCACCGCCAUCCUUGAGUCGUAAUCAGUCUGUGUUGAGCUGCGUAGCCAGGGAAUGUCUCUACAACUCCGGUGCCGUCAUCAAUCUAGUCAAACCGCAUCUCCGAGUCAUUCUUGACUAUGCGCAAACUUACAACCUCAUGAUAUCCGAACACACCGCGGUGGACUGCAGUUUCCUCGAACUAGUCCCGACUCUCUACCGGGUCUAUGAGAACCAUGUGACCUUGCAUGCCCUUUGCGACCCAGCGCCACCCGGUCAGAGACGUUCGAGAUCGGGCACGCCGCCCACAGUACACUGUGCAGGCCCUGCGAUUAUUAAGAUAACAGUUGAAGAAGCUCAUGUCAGCGAAGGUGUAGAUCACAUGAUAACUCAGAAUCGAGCAGAGUACGAAAAUCUCUUAGUGAAAGCUAGUCAACCGCCACCCAGCAAGGUCACUCUUGGUUGCGUCUUCAUCGAUCAUUUGAUCGCGAUGUUGGAGCACGAAUUAACUAUCAGUCGAACUAACGAAAACACUGUGAUACUACGCAAGGUGCAAGAGAGCGGAGUCAAGCUGUUCUAUCAUUUGGUGGAGUUCUACACGGAGGAAGCGGCAUUAUGCCCUUCCACGAAACAGCUCAUUACCACUUGUUUGGAGAAAUUGGGUCAGUUAUUCAUCAGCGGUGAAGAAGUUCAAGGCCCGCAAUUGUUGAGCACAAUCAUUCAGAGGCCUAAUCUCGGGGGCUUAUUGGGACCACAUUUCACGCCCGUCGCUGGUGGAGCCAACACGUUUUUGCAAAUGUAUCAAACCGUCGUGGACUUGUCCACUGGAUCGAACGUUGACUUGUGCUUUGUGCUGCUCUCAAAAUUUGACGUCAGCAGUUGGUUAAAUUAUCGCCGUCCGCGAUUAAGCGAAAGAUCUACCUUCAUAGAUCUAGUCUCUAAAGCGUUGUACAACAUCGGUCUGAAUCCCGAAGAAGAAAAGCUGAUGCUGCAUGAACUCUUUCGGAAUCAUCUACGACUCAUUCUUCUACAUGAGUUCCCCGAACACUACGGCGAGGUGUUGAGCGCGGUGCUGAGAGGAUCCGAGAGCCAGAAUCUGUCGCUGGAUGUAUGGCGCGAUUUGCUGGGAGCCCUUAGCGGCAAGCCGAAAAAUAUUGCACCUAUAUAUCCUCCCAAGAUCAGAGACGAAAUCAGACAUUAUGCCACGGAACAAAGGCUGUUAUCUCGUCAAGAGAUGCACGACACCGCUGUGCUACUAAGCCGACAUUUCAUGAAGGAAAGAUUGCAAUACGGAUUGUACGGCCUCUAUCCGAAGUACAGAAUUUAUAAUGAACCGUUGACCGUAUUUCUGGGUAUGGUCGGCCACGCCUUGGUUGUGUUGACACUUCAGGCUGAUCGAGGAUCGCUUGCAGAUCAAUUGUGCGAAAAGAUCUGGCCGGUAUUAAGCGAGAUGUACGCGCCGUGGAUUACUCCAUACUGGACGAGGAACUUACGGGAGCCUACAGCUGCGUGGAUCCAGCAGUUGACGGACGACAGAUCGGUGUUGCUGCCAUGGAUUAUCACCGACGGUCCUUACGCGAAUCGGACGAUGGCGAUGUUCGCCGAGUGCGUCCGUUUCAUCAUCGAUACUAUGCCGGCGUCGAGUAAAAUUCUUAGCUUUGUGUGGCAGUUCUACGUAUCCAAUUACGCUCACGUAUCCGUCAAAGAUCACGUGCUAAAUGUGGUGCAUGGAAACUUCCUAUCCCUUCCGUGGGAUCGCUUUUGUCCCGCUAUCAACGACAUCGAGUUAAUGAUCAAGGUCAUUGAUCAGUAUCUACCGGACUGCCACUUGUUCCUCGGAAGCGUCUUCACCUGGAUUAAUUGGUCAGCGUGGAUCGGUGAGUUGAUAAUCACGCAACCGCUGCCGGUUGCUGCCAGGAUGCACAUCUGUUUGCUUAACUUGCUGGUGAAGCUGUCGAACGAGCCCAACGUCAGACAGAAUGAGAAAGCGGUGCAGUUGGUUACAGAAGCCGAAGGCUUCUCAUGGCACUUAAUCGACGCCGCGGCAUAUGAUCAAGUGAUCAAUUGGCACGUGAUGAGCUGCGAUCCCAGGGUGAUUUUGUGUCUGGGCAAGGACCAGACUCACGCUAUCGACGUAGCCGUUAACAACUUAAUGAAAAUAGCGGCGGCCUACGAUCCUACAGUGAAACACUUUCAUCCUACCACCUUGAAGAAGCGACAAAUGUACGUACGUUCCAUGGUGAAAUUGCUGAUCAACUGUACCACAAGACAUAAGUCUCUUCUCUCGACCAAUAGCAAAGUAUUUACCAAUACGUUGUCGCGGAUGCUCGACGAUAUGGAGAUCGUCAUCACCAGCACCGUCUCCGAGUCGCAACAGGUUGCCGAGGCCGGCCUGCUGAUCACCGAGUUCUUGCAUUCGAUCAAUCAAAGCGGAGUGUUGGUCGAUCAUCUUCGUAGCAGUUGGACGGCGUGGCUGCUGGAGCGAACAGCUAGUAGUCCGGUGCUGAUGGGCGUGUUAAGAGUUAUCGGAAUGGCAGUCGCUUCCUCGUCCACUCUGGGCCAUCUUAUGGAAGCCGCGUUGGAGGCUUACUUUAAAUACAACGUAACGGAAGAUAUUCGGCCUACGUGGGCGUCAGUGCUGACGGUCUUGCAGUCCGUGGUACCCCGACAACCGCCACUAGAAUCGGUACUGGUGUCUGAGGGGAGGUUGUUGGCCCUUUACUCUGUGUUGCUAAAGAGACUUCCGUCCUGUAGAGACAUCCGGGAGGAAGGCAUGCUGCUGAUCAACUUAGUAGACUGGAUCACCGCUGUUAAAACCACAGACAUUGUGGAGGAAAAACAGCCUCUGCUGUGGGCGAAGGCGUGCGAAUUAGCUUAUAGGCAGUGUCAAUACAGCGAGAACACGGUGAUCGCUGCUAGAGCCUUGAAGGGAUUGGCACGGGCGUUGCUAACCAUAGCAGACGAUGUGGGACAAGGAUGGGGUAUCCUGGGGGCUAUCGGACUAAGGAAAGGUUCUCAGCUCACCGUGCGAUGUAAAUUUCUCAGCCGCACCACGGCCGUCUACUGCCUGGCGCAAUUGCCGGAAUCCAAAUCUGAUCAGCAGCUGGUGAGAUACACACCGCACUCGCCUGGCGUGGCGCCCUCGCGAUCGACCGAUCCGGACACGAUGGAGAUCCGACCUAGCGCGGAGGCCGUGAAGGCGAUGCAGAACUUGGAAGGGCUCCUGAUGAACAAACAGUACGCGGAACUACGAGGAGACGUGGAAAGAGCCAUCAGACUCAUCAGAGAUUCCGCCAACUCCCUUCACAACGCUGUCGAAAUCAUCGGCGCUUUCACCGCGGAGCUUUACAAUCAAAGAUAUCUGCACGUGCUGACAGAGUGAUACUAGCUUUAUAUUCUGACCUAGCGAUGGGCUGAUGUGACCUUUCAAAUCGCUUCAAUGUGAUUAUAUGACACAAAUUUCUCGAACGAAAGUUUUCAGAGCCGUUUUAUCAAGUCUAUCAAGAUUUUCAAGUGUUCUGACUUCUCGCGAUUGAUUUCAAUAUUUCAAGACUUUCAAAGCUCUUUCAAGAUUUACAAGACCGUAAAAAUAAAUUUGAGAGAUAUCGAAUAAUAUUUUAUCAAGGGAGACUUUUUAUGAUCGAAUUACUUGAAAACUUGCAGGACAAGAGGUCGAAAGUCUAUCGCUACGUAGAUCUCACCAAAUAAUGACGCGUUUAAAUCGAAUGCUUGUGUCAGAGUCAGAGAUUCAGAAUGCAUUACGAUUAUUUAUUAUAUAUAUAUAUAUAUAUAUAUAUAUAUUUUGUGAUCGGAAUGUUAUGGAUAUUUAUUGAUAUUCAAUCGAAUCCUGAUCUCUUAAUGUACAUAGUUGCAAUGCAAUCUUAAUCUUUAAUUGAAUUGCAUAAUUGCAAGCUUAAAACAAGUCUUAUUGUUUAAACCUUUUAGAUCUGCAUCGAUCUUCUAGUCACGUGAAGUCUGUUUCUUUUCUUAAUUCAAAACAUUGUGAAGUUUAGGAUGCAUUCAAUUUAAACGCACACUGGUUUAUAUUGUCGAUAACGAUAUUUAUUAUUAAAAUGAUAUUUAACGAUAAAUUGUUAUUUAUGUAACGUAAAAUUUGUUACGCAUUCAA